GUUCAGCUGGUGCUCUUUUACCAACUAGAAGCCAUAAAAGUUGAAACCAUUCUAAAUACUUAUCAGUUCAAUUAAUUCACUUGAAGCAAGAUGGCAAAUCCACGGCAGUCUAUAAUUUACACUAGGCUUUUCAUCAAUAAUGAGUUUGUGGAUUCAGUUUCGGGGAAAACCUUUGAAACAAUUAAUCCAGCUACAGGAAAAGUUAUUUCUAGUGUUGCAGAGGGUGAUAAGGCUGAUGUAGACCUUGCAGUUAAAGCAGCUAAGAAAGCGUUUUCUUUGAAUUCAGAAUGGCGAAGAAUGGAGUCACAAAAACGGGCCGAUUUAAUUAUUAGGCUAGCUGACCUUAUGAAGAGAGACCAACAUGCCUUGGCCAAUCUUGAAGUCAUGGACAAUGGGAAAACCUUUGACGCAGCUAUCUUUGAUAUUGACUGUUCAAUUGACACCUUAAAAUACUACGCAGGUUGGACGGAUAAAUUCUUUGGUGAUACCAUCCCCGUUGCUAGUUUUAUUUCCAUGACCAAGAAGGAACCAAUUGGUGUGGUGGGACAGAUAAUCCCUUGGAAUUAUCCACUCCUGAUGCUCGCGUGGAAGUGGGGUCCUGCUCUUGCAACCGGUUGUACGAUAGUCCUCAAACCAGCAGAACAAACACCACUUUCCGCAUUAUAUAUGGGCGCUUUGUCUAAGGAAGCUGGAUUCCCACCAGGAGUAAUUAAUAUUAUAACAGGUUAUGGACCUACAGCUGGUGCUGCCAUAUCUAUGCACAAGGAUAUUCAAAAAGUUGCAUUUACUGGUUCUGUAGAUGUUGGUCGUAUUAUCAUGGAAUCAGCGGCUAAAUCAAAUUUGAAAAAAGUUUCACUCGAAUUAGGUGGAAAGAGUCCGAUAGUCAUUUUUGAUGAUGCUGAUAUCGAUUAUGCUGUUGAAGUUGCACAUAAUGCUCUUUUUGAUAACCAUGGGCAAAGCUGUUGUGCCGGUAGUAGAACCUUUGUUCAUGAAAAAAUCUAUGAACAAUUUGUUACUAAGGCUGUGCAAAAAGCAAAGGAACGAAAAGUUGGAAAUCCUUUUGAAAACGGUGUAAUCCAAGGACCACAGAUUGACGAUGAAAUGUUUACGAAGGUUCUCAAAUUGAUCGAAAGUGGUAAAAAUGAAGGAGCUAAACUUGAGUGUGGUGGAAAGCGUUUCGGAAAUGUUGGAUUUUUUAUUGAACCAACUGUAUUUUCUAAUGUUACUGAUAACAUGAAAAUAGCACAAGAAGAGAUCUUCGGACCAGUUCAAUCCAUUUUUAAGUUCAGUUCAAUUGAAGAAGUUAUUGAAAGAGCUAACAAUACAACUUAUGGACUUGCUGCUGCUGUCAUAACAAAUGACAUCAAUAAGGCAAUCCUUUUUGCAAAUAGUGUGGAUGCUGGAUCGGUUUGGAUCAAUUGUUUUGAUGCUGUCCUACCACAAACACCGUUCGGUGGAUUUAAGCAAUCUGGAUUUGGUCGUGAAUUGGGAAAAGAUGGUCUCGAUAAUUAUUUAGAAAAUAAGACAAUUACAAUAAAAAUGCUUUAAUAUCUUUGUUAUAUUUCGAUUAUGCCAUUUAUAAAAUGUUUAUUUUGAAUAAAGAUUCCUUAACAUA